UUGUAGAUCCAGAUACAUGUUCUCAUCUUGAUGACUGCUCAGCUUCACCUUCAGUCUUCCAGAGCUUUAAGGAUUCUCAGAACCAGAAGGUGUGGGGUAUACAAAUUUGUAUUUCCUUUUACUUGUGGAAUAAACCCAAGUCGUGCUCACUUUCAUGGAGUGCCUUUGCCUGGAUGGGUGUGAGGUGACAUCAGGAAUGCAAACCCUGGGUGUGCUUCAGGUGGCAGAACCAAGCCUCGUGCCAGAGCUAUGACUGAGCAUAACUGCAGCUGAAACAAGAAGGAAAUGAGUUGGCUCCGUGCUCACUUCAGAGACAGAGGACCUCGCAGAGGCCCUUCUUCAGAGACAGAAGCAAUGAAAAGGCAGAGCUCUGCUCAGGAGCAUGAGAUUAUUGAAUUACGGGGACAUAAUGUGGAGGAAAAUGAGACUGAUCAUGACAAGGCUCUAAAUGCUCAAAUGAGAAAGGAGAGAGCUCCCUGGAAAUCAUGCAGGGAUGUAGUUUUCUGGAAGUGUAAACUAUGGAUGGUUAUAACUACAAUAUUUCUAGUGAUCUUCCUGGUCAUUCUCAUCAGCCUAAUUCUUUAUUCUAAUGUUUACACAGAUGAGGAUGACUACUGGGAUCCUGAUGAACUACUAAGCAGUGGAAACUUUCACAAUUUUUCAGGAACAUUGGAGUUAAUGUGUGGUCUCCCACACUUCUCCUCUGAGGACAUUACUGAGAGGCUAACAGAAGUCUACAGUUCAUCUCCAGCUUUAGGACGUUACUUUAGGUCAGCUCAGGUGAUUUCUUUCAGUAAUGAAAGCUCCACUGUAAUUUAUCAGCUAGUGUUUUCUGUACCACCAUCAACAGAGGGAUUUAUGGAAAACAAUAUGAACCCGGAUUUUAUAAGGAACAUUUUGCGUCAGAAUAUUUACGAUGAAGAUACUCUAAAUCCUGGGGCAUCUGAAUGUGACAGGUUAAAGCUCAACCCAACUUCUCUCACGUAGAAAUUAUGGAAAGAUUCCUCACCUUCAUCACCACCUAGAAGAGAUGGGAUUCCCUAUCUAUAAGCAAUCCCAGGGCAAGGAACUAUGCAUUAGGUAGAAACACUUCUAAAAUUGUUGUCCUGUAAAUACUGCCUGUGAUGCAAUAUUGUAAAUGGAAAAUAUGGUAUAUUUAUGACGGUGUUGUAUUGCUAUAGCACUACUACCUCCUUCUUUUAUAUCUCAAUAAUCCGUUUCACUCUUGAGAAAAUCAUGCAUCUGAUACAUGCUCUGUUGACUUUGAAAGCUCUGCUUUGUCUUGCCUUAUGAUUAAAUCUGAAUGCUCUGCAUGAGCUUUAAAAGCAGUCUUGCACAUGGCUCCUUUUUCUUCUCUUGGCCUAUGCAAAAUUAUCUGCACAGCUUUAUCCUCAAUGCUCACUUCCACUCAAACUCAUAUCUGUUUUUUUUCCCUCCAAACUUCACAUGCCAUAUUUCCUUGUUGCUCUUUCCUUGUAAAACAGCCUGAAAACAUACAUACAUACAUAUAUAUAUUUGUAUUCUUUACUUAUGUGCAAGGUCUCUGCACUAGCUUCUUAAGAACGCUUUAACUCUCAUGAUUUCCUUAUUCUUCCUACAGUCUCCUUGGUUAAGGUGCUCUUUGCUCUGUUUUUCUCUUCUUCAUGUGAAAUAUGAAAGAAGAAAACAACAGCAUGAAGAGACAUGUCUUGUUCACUAACGCGUGUGAACAUCACAGGAAUUUUUAAAAGGUCGAAUUAGCAGUUUGCUUUUACAGUUAGCUACUGCUACCAGUGAAUAGACAGAUGCUUGACCUGUUUUUGUAAAUCUGAAGACAACUCUAUGUCCUUAAUUAUCGUUCCUGCCCAGCACUGGGGAUAAAAAUGAACAGAUGUAAGGUAUUUGCCUUAAUAAGGCAGUAAAUAAUCGUUUUUGUUGAUGAGAGACCAGAUGAGAUGAAUCAGUGCCAAGAGGAGGGUGCCGAAGCAGGUGACAUAGGCCAGCAGUCAGUAGGCUAGUAACUGGCUAUAACAUAAAAACUAAGCAUUACCUUUAUGCAGAAUGGAACAUAUUCACUACCAUGUGAGUGAAGUAUAUCUUGUCAUUUAUUUAUAGCCUUAUAAAUAUUAGUACUGUUAGAUAUUUUAUUUUAAGAAGUGUUUUGUAUUGUAAGAAAUAUGUCCUGGAAAAUUGUUUUUCUCUUUCUAAUAUUACUGGUUUAUUUAAGGAGUAAUCUGACAAUGUUAUAGUGCAUUAAAUUAUUUUUUUUUACUCUUAAAAUGACUGUUUUCAUUCUUUAGCAGCUCUAGUCUUUCAGCUGUGUGAGUUGGAAAAUAGCCAUUGGAAUUCUAAAUGCUGAGCUGCAUGAAGCAUGUCUGAGAGAACUGUACACUCAAACCCAUAGUUGCUGUUGCAUGUGUUUAAACUGAGCUUGGGAAACAUCCUGGACCAAAUUAGUAGUUUGCAUGACUCUCAUAUUUGUGGCUUAUUCUGAUUCCCUCUU